AUGGAUCAGCCCCAGUGGUUGGUGACUAUUUACGCGUUGGUGGUUCUCCUGGGUCUCCGGCUGGAACAGGGCGCUUGCCAGCACUAUCUGCACAUCCGCCCGGCCCCGAGCGACAACUUGCCCCUGGUGGAUCUAAUCGAGCACCCGGAUCCUAUCUUCGACCCCAAGGAGAAGGACCUGAACGACACGCUGCUGCGGAACCUGCUGGGCACCCAUUUCGACCCGAAUUUCAUGGCGGCCUCGCUGCCGGACGAUCGCCUCGGCGGGGACGACCUGGCCGAGCUGGACUUGCUGCUGCGGCAGCGGCCGUCGGGGGCCAUGCCCAGCGACAUCAAGAGCCUGGAGUUCUACGACGGGGGCCUCCAGGCCAGCAAGAAGCACCGGCUGAGCAAGAAGCUGCGCCGGAAGCUGCAGCUGUGGCUGUGGUCCCAGACCUUCUGCCCGGUGCUCUACACGUGGAACGACCUCGGCAGCCGCUUCUGGCCGCGCUACGUGAAAGUGGGCAGCUGCUUCAGCAAGCGGUCGUGCUCCGUCCCGGAAGGCAUGGUGUGCAAGCCCGCCAAGUCGGUGCAUCUGACCAUCCUGAGGUGGAGGUGCCAGCGCCGCGGCGGGCAGCGCUGCACGUGGAUCCCCAUCCAGUACCCCAUCAUCGCCGAGUGCAAAUGCUCCUGCUAG